UCUACAAGGACAACAUUGGAGGUGUUAUCGUGAUAUAGCAUUAUUUAAGCAAAAGAGAAUCGUCCCUUUAUUUGGGCGAGAGAUAGGAACUUUAAAUUACUUAUGUGAGUAGUAAAAACUCGCUAAUCAAUUUUAUGUCGAUAUGUCGGAUUCAGACAACGUUAAAACAAUGCAAGCAUACAGAUUGGCCUACCUGGCCGUCUGACAAACAUGAAUUUAUGGCAUAAUUUCGUAAUUUUGGUAAUCUAUCAUGGUCAAGGAAAAACCAAAUUCAAUUCGUAUUUACGAUUCAGAAGGUUAUAGACGUAGAGCUGCAUGUAUCUGCGUCAAAAACGAUCUCGAAGAUGAGGUACUAUUGGUUACAUCCAGUCGAAGACCUGAUAGUUGGAUAGUACCUGGUGGAGGUGUGGAACCUGAAGAAGAGCCUGCAGUAACAGCAUUACGAGAAGUCAGAGAAGAAGCUGGUGUGUUAGGACAAUUAGGCAGAUGUCUUGGCAUAUUCGAGAAUGCAGAACACAAACACAGAACACAAGUAUGGGUUAUGCGAGUAACAGAAGAGCUACCAGAAUGGGAAGAUUCACGUGCUAUUGGUCGAAAGAGAAAAUGGUUCUCUAUACCAGAGGCCUUGAUCCAGCUUGCUCAGCACAAGCCCGUCCAGCGUUCUUAUAUACACAGCCUCCACAAUACUAAUCCUCGACAUAAUCCCAAUAUUUCACCACCUCAUCAUUCACAUACCACUGUAACAUCUAUUCAGUUAAUGAAUAAUUCUAGUAACAAUCCUCAUCUUAAUAAACACAGCUAAUAUUAAAUACCAUCCAUUUGCGUGAACAAUUGCCAUCAAGUGUUAGGUAUUUGUUGCUGCUCCUUUCCUUUC